CCUGGAAAACACCACAGCAACACACACACACACACACACACACACACACACACACACACACACACACACACACACACACACACACACACACACACAACACACACACACACACACACACACACACACACCGACAUGUCACCAAACAAUGGAUGAGCUACAAGAAUGAACGGCGUCAUGGUACGGCGGCACUUCGUCAUUUCCUCCAGACGGUGGCAGUGUGCAACCGAGCGAGCCAACGCUACAGCGCGCAGAGCCACCAACAGAAGAAGAGACGUCCUGCUUUCUGAUCCCGAGUUCAAAUUCACAAGCGGGUCUGAACAACUGGCUAUCCGUAAAAAAAAAAAAAAAUAAUAAAAAACCUACCACAAACAUGGAAUUUGACGGAAGCCUGUUAAUCCAGUGCACCGCGGACUCGAAGCUGGUCUCUGAGGUGGAGCACCAACAGCUGAUGACCCUCCACUGUCAGCAGUGUAACGCUGUGUUGGGAGACUCUCUCGGCGUCUGUGGGGAGGUGAAAUGUAUGGACUCUAUCAUGUGCAUAAGAGUAACUAAUGAUGUGGUCGUCAGUGAUGCAGCGGAGUCAAGACACAAAGGGGAAAUGGCAAAUUGCAUCUACAGUUCUCUAAAGUGUCGCGGCUGCUGCUCUGCUGUGGGUCGAGUCAUUCACUCAGCCCCGUCUCGUUUGGCCACGGUUCGCUCCAUAUUUCUCCUCUACAAAGCAAACAUCAGUUGUUACAUCCUCAACAGCAGCUCAAUGGUGAAAGCAUCCACACUUACAUUUGAUCUGAAGGCCUUAAAAGAAAGCAUUAAUGAGGUGAGACAGCAGUUUGAAGCGCAGUUGGAUCAGAUGUCACACAUUAAGAGCAGACUGGCCAACAGGAGUCUUACCAGUGAAUUUGACAAGUAGAGUUCACAACCAAUCUACACGGUGCCUAGUCCUGGGAUUAGGGACCAUGUGUUCUCAUUUGUUCUUCAAUCUGCUCUCCAAUCCCUUAUUCAGACUAAUUUGUGUUGUAAGCUGUUGUUUUUUUCCCCCCACAUGUUUUGUGUUUCCAUUAAAGGUUUUUUGGUGAUGCAGGCA